AUGGUGGCCUUCAUCGGAGCGGUAAUCUGCAUCAUCGCAGCCGUCCACACCGGCUCCUCCAGGGCCGCCGCACAACGGCGACCGGCCCCCGACAACCACUCGCUGUACCCGGACCCGCGGGCGCACAGCCCCGCCGCGGCGGGCUCCGUCGCCCGGGCCGCGUCUCUGGGCGCUCUCCAUGGUUCUGAAACCCCUGAUUCAGAAGCACCGACGUUCAACAUCGGGCUCAACGGGAUGGACGGGGUCACUGGACUCACGGGUCACGACCCAACGGUCAGUCGACUCAUCUGCACGCCGAUCCCCGCCGGGGACUGCAACCCGAACAACUUUCAGCAACAAGCGGAGGACCCGUCGCUGUACGCCGGGGAAGACUGGGGCUUCCUGCGCACCACCGCGGAGGAGCUCCGGCAGACGGUUCUGCAGCAGAAGGACCAGAUCCUGGCGGACCAGCGGACCAUCAGGGACCUGAUGGGGAAACUAUCCGAGUGCGAAAAGGGGCUGGACGGCCGGGGCAGCCGCGCGGACAGACGCGGGAGCGCCGCGGGGCUGUGGGGGGGCAAACGCACGGCGGAGGGGACGCACCUGGAGCGGGUCAUGGUGCGAGACAGCCCCGGUGCGACGACCGACGGCGUGCACCUGCUCACCAUCAGGGCUGUGGAUGAGCUGGAGCAGGCCAUCACGCAGCUCAAAGACCGCAUAGAGAAGCUGGAGUCCGACAUCGGCCCCUUUCCUCACAACCAGACAGACAGCAGCACCUCAGGAAUGCCAGAGGCAGGCGCCGCGCCGGGCGGCCCCGGAAGGCCGGCGGCCCCCCGGCCCCGAGCCGGUGCCGGUGCCGACAGGCCCUGGAGGAUGGAAGACUUGGAGGGGGAGCUGGAGAAGAAGGUGGAGCUGCUGGAGAAAGAGAGAAAAACCCUGAGGCUGGAAAGCGAGAAGCAAAGGCAGGAAAUCGACCAGGGCAUCAAUAAACUUCACCACCGACUCUCAGGGCUGGAGGGAGGCGUCUCGGGGCAUUCCUUCCCAGAGGGCUACAGGCUGUCCUUCCCAACUCGGACCAACUCCAUGUACGCUGUGGUGAAGCACUCCGUCCCGGCUCUGCGGGCCCUCACCGCCUGCCUGUGGCUGCGGCCCGCGGAGGGCGGCGUCGGGACGCCUCUGUCCUACGCCGUCUCCGAGCAGCCCAACGAGCUGGUGCUGCUGCAGGGCCUGCACACCCCCGCCGAGCUGCUCGUCAACGGCAAGGUGGCGCAGUUGCCGCUCAACCUCUCCAGAGGCAGCUGGCAGCACAUCUGCGUGAGCUGGAGCCAGAAGGGAGGAGCCUGGCAGGCCUACCAGGGGGGAAAGCUGCGGGGCGAGGGCCACGCGCUGGCCGCCGGACACCACAUCCGACCUGGAGGGGUGCUCAUCCUGGGGCAGGAGCAGGAUUCCGUCGGUGGAGGCUUUGACUCGUCCCAGGCGCUGGUUGGGGAGUUGUCCCAGUUUGGUCUUUGGGACCGGGUCCUGUCGGCCAGCCAGGUGGCCAGCCUGGCCCGCUGUGGCCGAGUGACCCAGGGCAGCGUGGCCCCCUGGAGCGAGAACGGAGUCGAGGUUUACGGUGGAGCAACCAAGGACCCCGGAGAGCCUUGUAGUAAACACAACAGGAGUUCUCAAGGACCGGUGGGGGGAAAGGAAGUGACAGAAAGAAGGGCGGGGUAA